GGUCAUUAUCGUUAUUGUGAUGCUCUUUCUAUGCUGGGGGAAUAUGACUGGGCCCUGCAAGCAAACAUAAAAGCUCAAAAACUCUGUAAAAGUGACCCUGAGGGAAUCACGGAUCUAAUCCAGCAGCAUGUAAAGUUGCAGAGACAAAUAGAAGACCUCCAAGGUCGGACAUCAAAUAAGAAUCCAAUUAAAGCUUUCUAUGAAAGCAGGGCUUACAUACCUAGAAACUCAUCGGCUCCUGCCUUUAGAACAUCACUUAACUUUGUGGAAACAGAAAGAGGUUACAGGAAAACUAAGUACAGAAUGGCAAAUGGUGGCCAUCAGAAUCUAAAG